UCUCGUGCCUCGUGCUUGUAAUUGCUUUUACAUGUGCAGUCGUCAUUUCCGUUUUUGGAAACAAUUUAGUUCGGCGCCAUCAAAAGCACUGACGUGGUCCUCUGUGCCAGACUGCACGGGGGAUUUGUAAAAGUCCCUCAAUAAUGAAACAGCGCUCGGACCGUGGUGUUGUGGCCGCGGACCGCUCUGUACGGACCACUGCGGCACGAUCACAGCCGUCUGCUUAAAACAAGCCCUUCUUAUUUGACCUCAAAACGGCUCCAGCGCGUGCAGCCUCGACCGUUUUUGUUUACAUCCGCCAUGCAGGAGUCGGAUGAACGGAAAGGGGCGGCGACGGCAGACGUGCAGGUCGAUGAACACCCCAACGCGCUGAUCGCGUGCAAAGUCCCCGACGAGGUCUUCAAUGACACGCACGUGAAGGGCCAGUUCGAGAAACUCUUUCAUCAGUUUGAUGUAGGAGUAUAUUUUCAGUUCUUCAAAAGCUUUCACCGUGUACGCAUUAACUUCACCAGCGCAGUGGCUGCGGCGCAGGCGAGAGUGAACUUGCACAAGAGUGAUUUCAAUGGCAAAGAGAUGCGCCUUUAUUUCGCCCAGUCUGUGCAUAUAGGCAGUCCUCGACUAGAGCCUCCAAAGCCAGACAAACAGUUCCUCAUUUCUCCUCCAGCUUCUCCUCCAGUAGGUUGGGAGCAGUCUCAAGACGCUACACCCAUCAUUAAUUAUGACCUUCUGUGUGCUGUCUCCAAACUCGGUCCAGGCGAGCAGUAUGAGUUACACACUGGAACCACCACCACACCUAGUGUCAUAGUGCAUGUGUGUGAAGACGACAGCUCGGGUGGUGAAGAGGAGACAGAGGGAGGGACCCGGCCCCGCCCCAAAAUCAUUCAGACUCGGCGCCCUGAUUAUGCUCGCGCUGUCAAGAAGUGAAUUUACUGAACCAUCCGGGCAACUAGUAACUGGACUUUUGAUCUAGAUUCAUAUUUGAGGCAGCAAAUACGAGCACCUCUGUCUGAGAUGGAGUAUCCCAUCUUUACCAUCACAUACGCUUCGGAAAUAAAUUUGGUUCAUUACAGUAGAACAAGAUAUAUUAAGAAGUGAAUUUGAGUUUAUUUCAUUCAGCAAAAGGAGCUUCUGCUUGGCCUUACAUUCAUAGAAUGAAAGAGUGGCAUUUAGAGGGUGCUAUCUGCUUUUGUUUGUUUUGUUUUUUUUUUACUUGAGUUUUUAUGAAAUACAUUUUCUUCAUGUGUGAAAGUUAUGUCUACACUGUUGAGGGCCACUAUUGUAGAGCAGCUCAUUGCCAUUAUAUUGUAGACUGUUGUGUUUGUCUUUGUUGGUUCUGGUAUUGUGCAUAAAUGUAAUUAAUGUUGCUACAGUUUUCUAAUUUUCUCUGAUUAUUAUGCACUUGGGGCCGAAUUCAGAGUUAAGCCUGCGUAGUGAGGAGCUAACGAUGAAGUUGCACUUGUCCAAACGGGCGCCAGAUUAGACCACAUCAAAUACUGAGGGCUGGUCAACAAAAUAAUACUCACAAAUUAUACAACAGAAUAAAUAUUUACAAUACAAAAAUACAUAUACGUGAGGUCCAUGCUGCUAUGGCAAAUGAAAAAGUAUUCUUGUUUCCAGCUGUUUUAAAUCAAGCUUUUUUACUGUUAAGUGUUUACUUUUGGUAUUUAGCUAUCUCUAUUACCAGUCUGAUCCACCAUCAAGUGAAAGGAAAAAUUGGCCCACUAAUCUUAAAGCCUAAGAGAGAUGCCAUGGGGCAGUUAAGUAUUUCACCCUGGGGCCAGACUCUGGACACUACUGGUCUACUAGAUGAGAUUCUGACCUUCUUCAUGAUAUGGACACAAUCACAAUCCACUCUAAAACUAAUCACAUCUGGAUUUUCAUUCCUGCCUAAGCUUCAUGAUUUCUGCUGUAAGGCUUUUUCUAGUUCAUCAUGCAAAAAAUUGUGCUGUAUCAGUAA